AUGUGGCCGGAGAUGAAGGCGUGGGCCUCCAUGGCCGACGACCCGCUGAAGCGCGCCUCGUCGUCGGCGACGAGCCCGUCCAGCCCCAUGCGCCGCUUCAGCCCCACCACGAUGGCCGUCGGCGGCCUCCUCGCCGUCGGCACCGUCGGCUACUUCAUGUUCAUGGGCAAGGACGACAGGCAGCGCGAGCGCGACAGGCACAACGAGCGCCUGGCUCACCGCACCUGA